AUUUACUGAGACCGGCUCAUUCCAUUCUUAGUCUGACCUCCACUUUGUAGAGGUCCAUAUAGUGUUCAAUGGAGAGGAAGAGAUUGACGGAUCAACUUGUUUUGGGGGGAUUUAAAAUGUCUUGUGUUUGUCCGGAUACGGUCUUUUAUGAGUUUUCCGCUCGGCUUAUUAUUGGAUUAUCAAUGCCUUUUUGAAUGCCCAGCUACAUCCUCUGCAGGUGAAUCUCUGGAAGUUUGUCCACAAGUCUAGUUGGUUUUAGUUAAGACCAUGAGUUCUGCUAACUCUAGCACAGGUAUUGACCUGCUCCAGGUUAGGAUUGAUACCUUGAGCAGCAAAAUGGACAGGCUCAUAAGUAUCCAAGAAAAAGUGCUCAGCCGACUCGACGGCAUGUCUCAGGACAUUGGUGGAAUUGAGAAGGACGUUGAAACUCUGAAAGUGGAAAAGGAAGAGAUCCAUUUUCCUCCGGUUAUCCAUACAGGCCCGGCCAAUGAGAUGAAGGAGAUGUGCCAAGAAAUGAACAGCAUCAUGUUGGCAGUAAAUCAACGCUCAGAGCAGCAAACCCAAAAGCUGGAGGGAAUGGAAAGUCUGGUGAUGAGCAUUCAGCAAGUGGUCAGCUUUAUUGGAGAAACUGUGAAAACUUCCAAAAUCAUUGAUAUUUUGUUCAAAGGGCCGGCUUCCCGGAAGACCAAAGCGACUUCGGCCCUCAGGUCCAAGGACAGUAAAAUCAAACUGAUCAGCAAAUGCCAGACCUCAGAUAACAAUGAGCCUGUCACUAUGAAGCUAAGAGAUCACAAAGUUAAAGAUGGGAAGUUUCGUCUGAGCCUCAAAGGCCUCAAAGCACAGGCGAAGAAGAAACCACCCGAUUCAACUGUAGAUACAAUCUCUUUGAAGAAGCAGGCACUGUUGCUUGAAGAGGUUCAGAAACUAAAUCAAGAGAAUGCAGAACGCACUGAAGCAUCCCAACCUCUGGAAAAGGGCAUGCAGAAAUCCGAGGAUGGAUUGGUUACUCCACUUCAGCAGGACCUUAUCCUUGAGGAAGCCAAGCCAGUUGAACCUGAGCAAGAGAAGAGCUCGAUAGAAGAGAAUGAGGUACCUCUGGAGCUGAAAGAAGAUGAGAUGAAAGACGCAGAGCCGAAGAUAGAGGAGGUCCAAGCUGAAACACCUAAAUUAGUGGAAGAAGAGACUAAGGAGCUGCCCCUAAAGACCACAGACAUACUCAAAGAUCAGGAGAUAGAGGGAACGGAGGACCAGACAAUUACUGAUGGUCCUUCAGAACCCAGCAUUCCUGAUACAGAGCCUCCUACACCAAUUGAGAACUCAGUGCAAAGCAUUGAGUCUGAGCAGACAGAUGACGUGACUACCACCAGCAAACGACGUGUGACAGAAGAAGAUCUGGGUUUGGAGGACCACAAGAAGAGCAGGGUUGAGGAGGAGGAAGACCAGAGUAAGAAGGAGCCACAGGAACCUGAAGAUCUCCGUGGUGUUUUCAAAGCCGAUGGUGUGGAAAUCAAGUUGGAUUUCAGCAAACUGAAGAAGGAGUGCUAUGAGGCUGAAGAUGAAGAUCACAAGGAUCACUUCUUCAUUGAUUGCACCCCACCUCCAGUAGCCCCCUUCAGUCACCGCGUGGUGUCUGCCAAACCCAACCAGAUUAACAACUUCUACACUAUCAACCGACAGGAGGUUCUCGGAGGAGGUCGGUUCGGUCAGGUGCAUAAAUGCAUUGAAAAUUCCUCUGGACUUACUUUGGCUGCCAAGAUAAUCAAAGCUAGGAGUCAAAAAGAAAAGGAGGUGGUGAAGAAUGAGAUUCAGGUUAUGAACCAGCUCGACCACGCCAACCUGAUCCAGCUCUACGCCGCCUACGAAUCCAGGAACGACGUUAUCCUUGUACUUGAAUAUGUUGAUGGAGGUGAACUCUUCGACAGAAUCAUCGAUGAGAACUAUAAGCUGAAGGAGCUCGACACAGUGAUGUUCAUCAGGCAGAUCUGUGAAGGCUUGCGCUACAUGCACAAAAUGUACAUCCUCCAUCUGGACCUAAAGCCAGAGAACAUUCUGUGUGUCAGCAGAGUCACAAAUAAAGUCAAGAUCAUCGACUUCGGACUGGCCAGGAAGUAUCAGCCCAGAGAGAAGUUGCGGGUGAAUUUCGGGACGCCGGAGUUUCUCUCUCCUGAGGUGGUCAACUAUGAUUUUGUGUCGUUCAACACGGACAUGUGGAGUCUGGGCGUGAUCGCGUACAUGCUGCUCAGUGGUUUGUCACCCUUCCUCGGCGACGAUGACAAUGAGACGCUGAACAACAUUUUGGCCUGUCAGUGGAACUUCGAGGAGGAUGAAUUCUCAGAAGUCUCAGAAGAAGCCAAAGAUUUCAUUUCCAAACUGCUUGUGCUGGAUAAAAGCUGGAGGAUCGGAGCCACCGAAGCGCUGAAGCACCCCUGGCUGGCGGAUUCAGCCGUUCACUACCGCCUGCAUCAGAAGAAAAACAUGUGCCGCUCGCGCAGAAACUCUUGUCUGCCUCCACCUGAGAGCUAACGGACCAAGCCUGCUGUGGAACCAUGAUGAUUACUGGACAUUACAUUAUAUUCAGACACACUGUCCUUUCACUGAAUGUUCCUCAUUAACACUGAUGGCAUUUCUUCAAGUACAGCUGCUGUAUGUAUCGUGUGAAGUCGAUCCUAUUCCAGAAUUUGAUGUGAAGGUGUAAUUUGAUAUUGCAGAUCUUCCUCCGGCCUCAUAAUAUUACUGAUUUGGAUUUCAUACACUGAUUCUGAAAUGACGUGGAAAUCAAAAUGAGUUUUGAAGCAUCGGGCAGUUCACUUCAAAAUGCAAAAUGCAAAAAAAGAAAAAGAGGUCACACUACAUGAGCCCUUAUAAUAUUAUAUUGUGUAAUUAAAACAACAUAUUCAACACUAGGAGAA